AUGACAAAUGACGUAAAGAAAAGCGUGGGAAGAGAUUCUUACUUUCAGCUGAAAGUUUGCCUUCUUUAAACCCUACCCUACCCUACCCUACCCUACCCUACCCUACCCUACCCUACCCUACCCUACUCUACCCUACCCUACCCUACCCUACCCUAACUGACCAUCUCCUAACCUUCCGUACCCUACGUAUUGUAGCAUACUACCAUACAGUAGUCUUUCUCAGGUGCUUGCCAGGCCCUCGGCCACUGUAUAGGCCAGAUCCAAUCUACCCGUUAAAUUAUCAGUAAAACAAUGACGGAAUUUUUAGCUAUGUUACCUAAUAUGAAUGAUAUACUAGAUAGCCUUAGAGAAAUUGCAAAAAAUGAUAUUACGCAACGUUUUCUUAUGUAAUAUUAUUUAAUUUUAUAAUAUUUUCCUCGAUGUAAAACGACCCAACAAAUUACUGCGAGUGCUGAGAUCUUGCUCAAAAUUUCAGCAAGGGAUCACUUUUAGUUGUCACGUUUUAUUUCCACACCGUGGAAGUUAAAAACGUGAUUAUUAAAAUGAAUUCUAAGCCUAAUUUUAAGCUUAUGUAAAGGAAAAAGAUUAAGAUUGUGUUUAGCGAAACUUAAAGUUAAACCUAAGCCUGAGUCUAUGUUUGUGUUUCAGUCUGUGUCUGAGCUUGAGUCUUAGCCUGAGCCUGAGUCUGAUUCUCAGCAUAAACCUGAGCCAAAGCCUGAGUCUGAGUCACAACCUGAAUCUCAGCCUGAAUCUGAGCCUCAGUCUAAACCUAAACCUGAGCCUAAGCCAGAGCUUGAGCCUGAGUCUAAGCCUGAGUUUGAGUCUGAGCCUGAGCCUGAGCCUGAGCCUGAGCUUGAGCCUGAGCUUGAGCCUGAGCCUGAGCCUGAACCUAAGCCUGAGCUUGAGCCUGAGUCUGAGCCUGAGCCUGAGCCUGAGCCUGAGCGUGAGCCUGAGCCUGAGCCUGAGCCUGAGCCUGAGCCUGAUCCUAAACCUAAACCUAAGCCUAAGCCUGAGCCUAAACAUGAGCCACAUCUUGAUCCUAAACUUGAGUCUAAGCCUAAGAAUAAGCAUUAA